UCAAUAUGCAAGGAAAGCGGUGCACUGCGCACUCUUCCCAGAAAAGUCAAUUUCGCGUACAAGGCGUAUUUUGCUCUCUUUCCACGACGCGCUCCAUGUCCCUAAUACGAAAGUACAUAACCCCUGCUAGCAACCAGAAUAUCACCGCAUCCAGUCUCGACAGCCACGCCGCAGCGUAACCAACAGCCACAGCCACGAUCAUGUUCCAGCGCUUGACCAAGACUUCCGAGGACGUCGUCCUCUCCGACCACGCCUCCUCCACAGCGAUAGGGACGGAGUCGGUCUCACAGCUCUCCACAUCCACUGCCGUGUCCAAGCGGGGGAUGCGCUACCAACGCGCACCCUCCUCCACCGGAGUGGUCUACACGUCCGGGUACGCGGACCAAUUCGUCUGCCUCUCCGUGCCCGAAGGCACACUGGUGGUGUACAACUUCCUGCUCCCUAUGUGCUCGGUCACGAUCCCGCUCUCGGAGAUCAUCUCCCUCGUUCCGGCCUCGACGGUGAGCAGCAUGGGCAUCGAGCCCUGCGGACUGUCCAGCUGCUCAGGCAUAGGCUGGGCAAGGGACUGGAGACGCGCGCUCUGGAGCAAACGCAGAAGGGAGGCGAUCGAGGCCGGGUCGGUCGUCAAGUGGAAAGGCGGAUGGUGCAGGGUCGGGUUUAGCACUGUGGAGCCUGUGGCGUUCGCAAGGAUCAUGAGAGAGGCCGGGGUGUUUAACAGCGAGGAGUAACAGACAGGCUCAUGAUGAGAGAUCGUUCAUG